AUGAACAACAACGAUUCUGAACCUGAAGCAAGGGAACUUACUUAUGUUGAGUUUCCAGGAAAAUAUGUCUGGAAGUUAAAGGAUCGGUGUUGGCAGCCACGUAAAACUCAUGUUUCGGUUGGGAGAAUUUAUUCUGUGUCUCCUUCUCUUGGUGAGGCUUAUUUCCUAAGAAUUCUUCUAACAAAGGUUAGAGGACCACGAUCCUUUGAAGAAAUCCAAACCUAUGAUGGUGUUGUGUAUCCUACCUUUAGAGAUGCGUGUUAUGCACGUGGGCCGUUAGACGAUGACAAUGAAUAUAUUGAGUGUAUUAAAGAAGCCAAUUUCACAGGAAAUGGUAAUUAUCUGCGUUGUUUAUUUGGUACACUACUAUUGUCUAAUACGCUAUCAAGACCUGAAGUUGUUUGGGAUAAGACGUGGGAGUUUUUGUCCGAAGACAUUUUAUACAAUAUGCGGAAGGAUACUGACAUUAGAGGAUUGGUUGUUUCAGACGAACGUAUAAAGAAUAUAACGUUGUCUAAAAUUGAAAAAUAUCUUCUUCGUAAUGGUUCAAGUUUGCGCAGAUUCUCACCAAUGCCUGUUCCUGACGAUGAGUCUGUAAUACACGAGAGCAACCGUCUAAUAAACGAGGAGCUUUCUUGGGACACUGAUCAACUUAGUGCUGAGUUCAAUAAUCUUCACAAUUCUUUAAAUGAUGAUCAAAGAGCAGUGUUCAACGAGAUUAUGGAUGCUGUUCGAAGUGGGAAUGGUGGUGUUUUUUUUUGUAUUGUUAUUAAUGUUGCUUCAAGUGGUAUUGCAUCAUUGUUGUUGUCACGAGGUCGUACAGCUCAUUCACAAUUUCAUAUUCCAAUUAAUCUUAAUGAAGAUUCGGUUUGCCAUAUUAAACCUAAUACUGAAAUCGCUAAUCUUCUAAACGAAGCCAAGUUGAUUAUUUGGGAUGAAGCGCCAAUGGUACACAAACAUGCUUUUGAGGCUCUUGACCGUACAUUGAAGGAUGUUUUGAGUGUUGGUGAUUCACGAAAUUCUGAAAUUCCAUUUGGUGGAAAGGCUAUUGUCUUUGGUGGUGACUUUAGACAAAUCCUACCGGUUGUUCAAAAUGGAAGCAGGCAAGACAUCGAGAUACACGAGUUUGCUAAAUGGCUUCUUGAAGUUGGCGAAGGCAAUGUUGGUGAUGGUAACGAUGGCGAGGCAACUAUAGAAAUACCAAACGAUCUUUUAAUAACUGAUUCAACUGAUCCAAUUCAAAGUUUGAUCGACUUUGUAUAUCCUUCAGUUCUUGACCGUUUUAAAGAUCGAGACUACUUUUCUCAGAGAGCCAUACUCGCGCCUAAGAAUGAAGUUGUUCAUGGUAUCAAUGAACGUUUGCUUGCAUUGUUUCCCGGUGAAGAAGUAGAGUAUCUUAGCUCGGAUAGUAUAUGCCCGACUGAGGAAAUCAAUGAUCCAUUACACCAAGAUUUAUAUAAUCCUGAGGUUUUAAACAGUGUGAAGGUUUCAGGAUUACCAAAUCAUAGAUUGGUAUUAAAGUUGGGUGUUCCAGUGAUGCUUUUGAGGAAUAUUGAUCAGCAAAACGGUUUAUGUAAUGGUACGCGUCUUCAAAUUACACGUCUUGGUAAACGUGUUAUCGAGGCUGAGAUAUUAUCGGGAGGUAAUGUUGGUUUAAGAACUUACAUUCCAAGAAUUAACAUGAUACAGUCUGACAAGAAAAUAGCCUUCAAGUUUCAACGGAGGCAGUUUCCAAUAACCGUAUGCUUUGCGAUAACUAUUAACAAAAGUCAAGGACAAUCUCUAUCAAGAGUCGGUCUUUACUUGAGAGACCAUGUAUUUUCACAUGGCCAAUUGUAUGUUGCGUUGUCGAGAGUGAAGACUAAAGAUGGCGUCAAGCUUUUAAUAUUUAACAAGGGUGGGAGGCCGACAAAUAAAACGACGAACGUAGUUUACAAAGAGAUCUUUGGGAAUUUGUAG